AUGUUUUCUUUUACGGCAUUCCUUCUUUCUUCGGUGGUGUUAUGCACAGCACAAAACAAUAAUAGACAGCAAGAAUUUAUACAACAAGGACAAGAAAACGGUAAGCAAUUCGUUUCUCAAGAUUUUGCGUACAUCAUAGCACCGCUCCAAUUUAAUUCUCAAGGGGAAGAUGGAGCAGAGGCUUCCAAUCUAGAAAAUCAAGAGAAAUUAGUCGAAGCAGCUCAAGGGCAAGUUAGGGAGGAACAAAGACCUAUAUCUGAAGAAAGCCAAGACGCCUUUUACCGCAAGGUACAAGAAUUAAUUGGUUCAGGACAAUUCGUUGACUCUUUAAGGGAACAAAAGCCAAGAGAACAACAACUCCCCAAUUUAGAACAAGAAAGUCAAUUGCAAAACCAAUUUGAAGAUGCCAUUCCACAGAAUGAGAAUAUACAAGGGGGAAAGAGAUUUUCAGAAGAAUUUCAAAAACAAUGGCGCCGUAUUGUGUUCAAUAAUGAAGAUUACUUGAAGUCACUGAAAGCGAUUUCUAGCGAUUCAAUUUUAGAUUCAGUACAGCUUGAAGGGGAAAAUGAAUCUGAAAGAAAGGAAGAACAACAAAACGUUGAUGUCGGAAGUGGUAUAAGAUACAUUUUAAGAAAUCACGGUGUUGAGGGUAUAGAAAAACAAAAUGUCUUUGGAUCGGAGGAGUCAAACAAUCAAAACAGGCCUCUUGUAUUCCAACAGCAAAGGAAACGUAUCGAGGACAAUCAAGCGCUUCUUAAAGCUCUUUCAGCUGUAUCUGAAGACCAGAUAUCGAAUGUCGCUGAACCUAAGCCUGAAGAACAAGAACAGGAAAACGACGAGGUAAGAAAAAUAAUUGAAGACAUCUUAAAAAAACGUGACUCUGUCAAUAAACAAAACCGCUCCCAGUCAAAACAAUCUAAUUUUGGAAGAUUCGUUUUCGUCAAAAAUAAUCUCAACAAAGUUAAAGCUCAGAAACAGUCAGACGCCGCUAAAGAUCAGCAAAGGGAUAUUGAAGUAAGAAAAUUAAUCGAAGACGUUUUAAGGAAACGCGAAAAUCAAAAUGAGCAGAACGAUUUUAAAUCAGUUCAAAGCAUUCCAGCUCUUAGUAAGCAACAAUUGGAACAAAUUUCAAACAACAACAGAAUCCAUUUGAAGGCUCUGUCAACAAUUUCCGAAGAACAACUGUUGAAAGAAUUAUCCGCUUUCGAAAAGCGUUCUUAG